AUGCGCGCUACCACUCUCGUCGGUGCCCUCGCCCUGCCCACCCUGGGUCUGGGAAUCCGCAUCAUCCAGGGCAACGAUGAUGGCUGGGCCGAGAUGUACGUCCGCACCAUGCACGACACCCUAAUGGCGGGAGGCCACGACGCCGUGUUCUCAGGCCCUGCCGAGCAAAAGUCCGGCACCGGCUCACACGAUGCGAUCCCUGCGAACCGGACGACGCCGUGCCAGUACGACUCGUGCCCGGCCAACUCUGGCCCUGUCGGCUCGGACCCCAAGAACCCACGCCUCAACUGGGUCAACUCAUUCCCCGUGACGGCCAUGAAGUACGGCAUCGACACGUUCGGCCCCCAGAUCUGGGGCAACAACAAGACGGCCGACCUGGCCGUGUGCGGGCCCAACGUCGGCGGCAACCGGUGGCUGCAGCUGCCCUUCUCGGGCACCGUCGGCGCGUCCGUCGAGGCCGUCAAGCAGGGCAUCCCCGCCAUCGCCUUCUCGGGCUCCUCGGGCACUAGCCCGCAGGUCUUCAACAAGACAGACCCGUCGCCCCGCGCCAAGCUCUACUCGGAGCUGGCCCUGGUGCUGGUCGAUAAGCUGGUCUCGACGGGCAAGCCCUACCUGCCCGCACAGACCUUCCUCAACGUCAACUUCCCCGACAUUAGCGACAAGUGCAAGUCGGUUGGGGACUUCAAGUGGAUCAUGACGCGCGUCACGUCGGGCCUCUUCUCAGGCAACGACGCGCCCACAUGCGGCCGCAACAAGAUGCCGGCCGAGUUCGAUCUCAUCUUCACCAAGGACUGCCAGAUCUCGGUCAGCGUCGGCGACGCAAACGAUAAGACCACGGCCGCCCCGGACAAGCAGCAGGUCGUACUCGACAAGCUAGGCAACUUUUUAUCGUGCCUAUAA